AUGGCCGGCGGCGGCGGCCCCCCGGGCUCCAAAAAGCGGAAGCGCGUGGCGGCGAGGAGGUCCAAGGUCAAGCGGGCCAAGGGGAAGAAGCCCUACGAAGCCUCCGCGGCGCGCGGCGGCGGCGGCGGCGGCUCCAAGGAGGAGCCGCAGCCCGUUACCGCCAUGGACGAGCGGGUCGCAGCCGAGGAGAUGUCCGAGUCGAGGGAGCCCGAUUGCAACCUCGAUAAGGAACUGAAAGUACUAUGUGUGAAGUUGAGAUACCAUAACAUGAGCACGAACAGGAGAGGCAGGCUAGUUACCGAGGCUCUCCGUAAAAUGGAUGGGAAAUAUUUGGAAAUUGCUAGAUCCCCUACCGCAUGUGUUCUUCAAUUAUGUGUGAAGUGGUGCUCACAUUCAGAGAGGGAUCCUGUUUUUGUUGCUCUGCAGCCACAUUUGCUCGAUCUUUCUCUUAAUGAACACACUGUUUUCCUUGUGCAUAAUAUCAUAAAAAUGGCCACUAGAAAACAGUUUGCCUCGUUCAUCUAUUCCCUUCGUGGGCAUGUCGCUUCCCUUCUUUGUCACACAAUAGGGGCGGCAGUUCUUGACCAUGCCUUUUGUCAGGCAACGCGACCUCAUAAAAGAAGUUUGUUGUUGGAAUUGUACUCCACUGAGCUUCAGCUGUCCAAUGACCUGAAAGAAGAAAAACCAUGCAGGUUCAGUUUGCUAAACAUAAUUUCCAAGCUUGGACUACAGAAAUCAUCUGUCCUGCAGCAUAUGACUACUGUUGUCCAGCCAGUUCUGGAAAAGGGUAUUGUUGAGUAUUCCAUAGUACACACGGUCAUAUUGGAGUACUUAACAAUUGCAGAUAAGACAUCAGCCUUGGACGUGAUUCGUCAAUUAAUCCCCCAUCUUACUCAAGGGACAUACGCCGUAGAUGAACUAUCAGGUGUCGCCAGAUUUCUAGGGAAAUCAGAAGUGGAGAAGAAAAGAUCUUCAAAACCACUUCUCAUUCAGAUCAUGCAGACGAAGGAAGGAUUAAAAUUAGGGCUUGCUUGCCUCAAGCAUGGCCUUGCGGAGGAUAGGAAGAGGAUUAUCAAAAGCUUGAAGGGGAGGAUUAUGAAGCUUGCUCUCAGUGAUUAUGGAUGCCUUUUCGUUAUUUGUCUUCUCUCCAUUGUUGACAACACAGAACUUGUUACUGAGGUUGUAAUUGAUGUGUUGAAAAAGCAGUUAAAGGAACUCAUAUUCGACAAGCUCCUUGUUGAACAGAACGGGAGACACCCAUUGCUGCAGCUCUUUCACCCACUUUGUUCACGUUAUCUGACUCUGGGUGAAUUGUUUUAUCUGAAUUACAACGUGCCUUCCCUUGUUUCAAAGGUUAACUUUGGUAGUAAGUUGGAUGAUGUAGCUGACAAAGAACAUGGGGGUUCAGAAGACACACUGAUUGCAUCUGAUAGCAAGGAGGACCCGAUUAAACGGCGGCAAGAACUGUUGGUGAAAAGUGAGCUUUAUGAGGUUCUCAUUGAGACUUGCAUUGAAAAUGUUGGACAGUUACUUCGAACAAACUUUGGCAAAGAUGUACUAUAUGAGGUUUCUGUAGGUGGAAAAAAUAACUUCUUGGAGGGGGUCACUGACAGGAUCCACGUACUUCACAAUGCUAUAGCUUGUGACGCAGCACGCCCGAGGACAGAUGACGGUGAUGAGCACGCCUUUGAUAACUACCACUCCAGCCGCACAAUCAGGAGAAUGAUACUUGAUUGUCCUGCAUUUGCUGCUACCCUCUGGAAAACAGCCCUCGAAGGGAAAUGCAAGUUAUAUGCAGAUGGAUUCAGCUCCAUGGUGCUGGCUGCCUAUCUGGAAUCUCCAAAUUCCGGGGUGAAGGAUCUUGCGAAAUCCGAGUUGCAACCGCUCAUCGACGGUGGCAUACUGAAGCCCCAGGACCAUAAAGCAGAGGAGAAGUCUGCCAUGGAGUGUAGCUCCGACGAGUCGUCAGAGCUAAGCGAUACAGAUACUGGCUACCAUGCCAAAAAAGCAUACAAGGAUUUGAAGUCUGGCAAGCUCGUGGCGAGGUUUGGCACUGACAGGUUUAGAUGCCCGUUCUGCCCCGAGAAGAAGCAGCUGGACUACCGUUACCGUGAGCUGAUUCGGCAUGUCAUUGUCGUGGGUGCAUCCAGGCGUCCUUGGAAGGUGAGGGCAAACCACCGGGCCCUGGCUAAACAUCUCGAGACGGACCAUGCUGAUGCACCAGGCUCAUCCUCAAUGCCUCUACGACAAGCUGAGGCACUGUACCUCUCUAAAAUAAAGAGAAGUCAAGCUGGGGCAAGAUCUACCUGCAAACUAAGCAGAUAA